AUGGAUAGGUUCAAAGCUCCAGCUGCAAUCUCCCAGAGGAAGAGACAGAAGGGCUUGCAUUCCCCAAAACUUCCCUGCAGCUAUGAAAUAAAGUUCAGUAACUUUGUCAUUUUUAUCAUGCAGAGGAAGAUGGGGGUGACCAGAAGGAUGUUUUUGAUGGAACUGGGAAGAAGGAAAGGUUUCAGAGUAGAAAGUGAGCUAAGUGAUUCUGUCACUCAUAUUGUGGCUGAGAACAACUCUUACCUGGAGGUGCUGGACUGGCUGAAAGGCCAGGCUGUGGGCGACAGCUCUAGGUUUGAACUGCUGGACAUCUCCUGGUUUACAGCCUGCAUGGAGGCAGGAAGGCCAGUUGAUUCAGAAAUGAAGCACCGUCUCGUGGAACAAUGCCAAUCUCCUCCUCUGAAUACACCUGAAUUGGAAAUGCCAACAUUUAUUGCAACAAAAGUAUCUCAGUAUUCAUGCCAGAGGAAGACAACUUUAAAUAACUACAACAAGAAAUUCACGGAUGCCUUUGAGGUAAUGGCUGAAAAUUAUGAGUUCAAAGAAAGUGAAAUACUCUGCCUGGAAUUUUUAAGGGCAGCUUCUUUGCUGAAAUCUCUUCCAUUUUCAGUAACCAGAAUGAAAGAAAUACAAGGGUUGCCCUGCAUGGGAGACCAAGUCAGAGAUAUCAUUGAGGAGAUUAUUGAGGAAGGAGAGAGUUCUAGAGUUAAGGAAGUGUUAAAUGAUGACCGAUACAAGGCAUUUAAGCAAUUUACCUCAGUCUUUGGAGUGGGAGUGAAGACUUCUGAGAAGUGGUACAGGAUGGGUUUGAGAACUGUGGAAGAGGUAAAAGCUGACAAGACCCUGAAGCUGUCAAAAAUGCAGAAAGCAGGGUUUCUCUACUAUGAGGACCUUGUUAGCUGUGUGUCUAAGGCAGAAGCAGAUGCAGUAAGCUUGAUUGUCAAGAAUACUGUGUGUACAUUUCUACCAGAUGCUUUAGUUACCAUAACUGGUGGUUUUAGGAGGGGUAAGAAUAUUGGACAUGACAUAGAUUUUUUGAUCACCAAUCCAGGACCAAGGGAAGAUGAUGAACUUCUCCAUAAAGUUAUUGACUUAUGGAAAAAGCAGGGCUUACUCCUUUAUUGUGAUAUCAUUGAAUCAACAUUUGUAAAGGAACAGCUGCCAAGCAGAAAAGUUGAUGCCAUGGAUCAUUUUCAGAAGUGUUUUGCAAUUUUAAAAUUGUAUCAGCCAAGAGUAGACAACAGCACUUGCAACAUGUCAAAAAGAUUGGGAAUGGCAGAAAUCAAAGACUGGAAGGCAAUCCGUGUGGAUCUGGUCAUCACCCCCUUUGAGCAAUACCCAUAUGCUCUGUUGGGCUGGACAGGCUCCAGGCAAUUUGGACGUGAUUUGCGGAGGUAUGCUGCACAUGAAAGGAAGAUGAUAUUGGAUAACCAUGCAUUAUAUGACAGGACAAAGAGGAUCUUUCUCAAAGCUGGAAGUGAGGAAGAAAUCUUUGCACAUCUUGGCUUGGAUUAUGUUGAACCAUGGGAAAGGAAUGCUUAAAAUUAUUUGCCACUGUACAUUCAUCAGCUGACUGCAAUGGUCUCUCUGCCCACCUUGCAGUCUGGUUUAGUUAUAUAUACAUAUAUAAUAGGUGUUUCUAUGACAACAAAAAAAUUUAAAUAAGUAUUAGCAUUUGCACAUGCUAAUGUUCCUAGUAGAUAAGAGUUUAAGUUUUUCAUAAUCUCUUCCUGCCUUUUCUGGUUUUGAAGUUUCUAUGUGAGAGUGAUAAGACAGAGCUUGUUUUGGGGGAAAAACUUGGAAUUGGUGAGAUUUUUGCUUGUGAUAGGAGUUUAACAUUAGUAUGAACAAUACUUGUUUCUAAAAUAGUCAGCUACAACGAUACAUAAAUAAUUCAAAACAUUUGAGCUGAGUCAAAGCAUUGCUGAAAUGUAUGCUGGUCUUUAACUGAAUUUCUUAUGUGUUUCGCUGAAUCCGUGUAUAAAAUUGCUCUGUAUAUAAGGCUUAAUGACCUAGGCAGUAACUACUUUGCAGUCUCAGCAAUUUGAGGCUUCAGUUGUAAUAUUUUGCCAGGUAGGGCACCAUUCUACGAAAACUAUAAACAAGUCGAUAAUUCAGUGAGACUCAGAAAACAUUUCACAGGAAAGGAUUCCACAGUAGCAAUCUUCAAUUGUGUAGAAAAAUACUAUAAAUUUAGAGUACUGAUUUGGACUAAAGAGGGUUCAGGUUAUAUGGAAUAAUGGUCCUCAAUCGGGAAUUUGAAUCAUAGCCUGCAUGAAAACAAUUGUUCUAACUGCCAGGCUGGUGACUGCUCCAAGACAAAAGAUUUUUAUUAUCUGUGCUCAAUUUAGAUAGAUGGAAAUUUUUUUAUUAGUAAGUGUAAAUGUGUUGGAAUGGGAUUUUACUUGAGCUAUUGGGCUAUUGGCUGCUCUAGAGUGGUAUUCCCUGUCUUUAGUCAGAAAUUCAUAUAGGAUGUGAGAGGCUUUCUUUGAUAAAAGCCCUACAAGAUAUUUUGGUUUCAGAAAACGUCCAGGUAGCUUUUGUGACCAUAAUGACAAUGAAGGAUUUGUAAUACAUUUAUCCUUUAAUAAACAGGGGUAUUCAGUGCUUUAGGAAAUGAAACUAUUUAGUGAUCAUUCAACAUUUGAGAAUAAAGAUGAUUAGGAACACCAGGAAUGGUCAAAUAAUUUUCUUUCUUAAAAAUCUGGAAUUUUUUCCUCUGUUGAGGCUGACUACAACUCAUGACAUGAUGAGGAAAGAAUGGCACUGACAGGGCUGUGCAAAACAGUUAUUACUGACAGUAAGGCUUCCCAUAUUCGAAUAGUAUUUCUAUUACUAAAAAAAAGUAUGUUUCAUUUGUUACUCAUUACUUUCAACUGGGGAAUAGACUUUUAGAGCAUUGUGUUGGAAACUAUUCCAAAACCUCAGUCAGGGUUGUAGAAAAAUUUGUUAGUGGCAGGAAUUUGCUUCUUGCCUGUGUCAAUAAAACCACCCUAUUUAAGUGCAGUUUUGCUAACUGAGCUGAAAAGACAAGGCUGCUUCCUAAACUGCUUUAACUAUAAAGCACUGGCAUUGCUUCCUGCUUUAUUGUGCUGAUGUAUGAAGUAUCUUCUCUGUGUUUUGCAUCAGGAUGCUGACACUUAAGCAGCAGUGACAUUUUUCAGUCCUAAUGGAAGAAAACAAAAGCUAUGGUACCUUGUCUGAAUAUUCAUUUCACUUGACCAACAUUAAUCAGAAAUUACACAUUCCAGUUGUGCUGUUUCUGCAAACUUCAAGACACACACAAAAUAUCAAACAUUCUGAAUGCCACAUAAAUAAAUAACUCACAUUGUGGUGCCUAUGCAUCACUUAUAAUUAUGGCACCUGUGAGGAAAAAGAUACCAACUCAAGUUCUGUCAGCUCCUCCAAAACUAGAAGAAAUCACCAUAUCACUUUAUUCUUUUAUUUCCCUCAAUUUUUCUGAACUUUAUUUAGAAUACAUCUUACAGAUUGCUCACUGAAUGAACUAUUAUAAAAAAAUACGGACCUGAUAAAUGAGGGGUUGUGAUAAAGAGAGGAACAGCUUAGAUGACCAGGAUGGUUUGACCAUGAAGAACUUGGAUUCUCCUGUGCACACCCUCACUGGAGAAGCUGCUACCCCAGUCACUGUCACAGGUACCGUGUGCAGGAUCGUCCCUGAUAGCACCAGCCAAACCACCCAGAUGAGACUAAAAUGAGAAAAGAUAAAAGUCAUUUAGGAGAGCUGGGAUGGAACAGGUUAAAGGAAAUAAAGCCUUUAUCAGCUGAGCAUAUCUGGAUCCGUGUGCUGGUGGAAAGUGCCUCCAGUGGGAUGGAAAUGCUGGAGUCAAAGGCAGCAAAGCUUCUGAACUCAUGAAGGACAGGCGAGGCCUCAGGGCCUGGAAAGGGCAAACACUUGUACCAAGAACAGCCCAACCUUUGUAAUAGGAGGAAGGGAAGAGAGAAUCUCAGAUCAGUGCACUUAAUAGCUCCUAAAUUGCUAGAAUGAUUAAUAGACUGUAUUUGCAAUGCACCUGGAGGAAAAUAAAGUGAUAAGUUAUUGGUAACUUGUUCAUCAGAAACAAAUCUUGUCAAACUAAUUCAGUUGUGAAGUCCCUGGAGGCUGUUUUUUAAAAAUGUCUGUCCCUACUCCCCUGCUUCUACACCAGGGCAAUUUGGCAAGUAGUGAGUAGAGAAGGAUCACUGGUUUAAUAAGCAUCUACAUACCAACUCUCUAAGAAUUAAUAAGUAAUUCUAUCUUGGGGGAAAAAAGGGAAAAGUAAAAGGAAAGCCACUGUUAUUUUUUUUCAUGGUUUGAAGUAAUAUAUGAUUUGUCAAUUAAUCUCUUUAGGCAAAGGCAACGUGAGGUAUUUAGUUUGGUGGGUAAUAAUGUAGUUAAUGUCUAAAGGACUAAUGUACUGAAGGAAAAGCUAAUUCUAUCUACACAGCUCUACAAAAUUGCAGGUCUGAGCAACCUCAAUACUCAUACAACUGAAGCCACAUGGACUUUCUGCAAAUAACUGGAAAUCUGAGAACUGCUGCUACUUUGCAUAAAUAACUCCAGAAUGUUAAAAAGACCCAAACCCAAAGAUUUGCAAAUGCUGUAAUCCCCAAAUGAAAUGUCUUUUCUACAGUUUAUGGGCAGAAUUGUUUGGCUUUCUCAGGUCAGACCAUCUCAUUCCUUGGUAUGAAAUAUAUUCUUUUGAUUUUUGAACAGCUAUUGCUUUCUGUUACACAAUUUUCUUUGGCAACUGCAGUUAAAUUAACCAGGUCCUGGGUCUAACAGGUUAAUUGAAGUCACAUAAGCAAAUGAAGAUAGAGAGCUCUGGAAACCUUCCUUAAGAGGAAGACCAAGCAAUCUUUUAGCCCUGCUGUGCAGAUGCACAAAGUGUCUUUUACUUUAAUCAGGAUGCAUCAAAGGUAGUUUGUUUUAGCUGAAGAGGCUCCUUAGGUGUACUACAGGACGUCCUUGGUAGCAGCAGCUAUUAUGUGGAGUACUGUGAAAAUGUAUGUUGUGUCACCCUGAGUUAAGGCCCUCUGCUAAAGCCAGCAAGAGGUAUCACCUUGGACAAUGUCAAACAAUAACUGGAAAAGGCUUUUCCCCAUGAAUAUUGUUCAAACCACUUCAGAAUACUUAGAAAGCUGUUUAAUGUCUCCUUCAAUAAAUGUGUAUUAUAGGCAACCCACAAAAUCUAACACUAUUUUUCAGUGGGUGCCUCCAAACAAAUACUAUUCCCAAAUACUCCUGGUGAUACAAAAACCCCACAUGUGGGGGGUGAUGCUGGACCAGGGAAAUCACUUGGCUGAUGAGAAUCAGUCCUCUCUGCACGUGGUGACUGACCAUAGGGAGAGAAGGAGAGAGAGCAUGUGUUGAGGAAGUACAAAGUCUCCCAGCUUUCUGUCUUUUAGUACAUAACACACUUAUUGAAAACCAAACUACUUUUUUUUUAUGGUUGCAGACAUUUGAUUCCAUUUCCUUCAUGAAUUUUUUGCAACAAAAAGUAAUACUAAAUGGUGUACUUCCUCAUAUGCUUCCUUUUGUGUUUCAUUCAUGCCAAAAUCAUCAUACUCAUUCAAAGGGAUUUUUGGAAAUGGCAAAGCUCCCCAGACCCUCUCCCACCAUUAUGAGGUUUUAAGGAAACAAUAUUUAUAUGAAACCAACUCAGAUGCAUUUUUAUUAAAUAAAUAAAGCCUUUCUAGCAGAAGUAGCAUAAUUUCAUGUGUUUGUUGCUAUAUAUGCACGUAUUAUGUCCAUAUUAUUUUAAGUCUUCUGUCAGCUUCAGUGUAUUUUCCCCUUGAGGAAGCUGUGCAUUAAGAUAUAACAGAAGAUAGCAAGAAAGGUCUCCAUUUUUUAAACACUGAUGAUUUCUCUGCUGAGGAUGAGCAGAUUAUAUUCCAGAAGCUUGUGGCUGCAACACAUAGGGGAAAAAAGACAAAAAAUAAAAAAUCAUAUCCCAAAACUUUGAAAAUAAAAUAAUGAGCUUUGUAUUUUUCUAACCACUAAAAAAGAAAUUAUUUGGAAUUUUCUUCACAGCUGGGUAGCUCUACCUUCAAAAAUAGAGCUUGAGGAGGUUAUGUAAUUGUGUGACUAGGUAGGAGUGUUUCUGCAGUUGGAAACUGUUGCUGAUGAUACAAGUCUGAAAAUGUUCCACUUUUAGUAGCCUAAGGAGCGGUUGAAAGACCACUUGGGCCUGUGGCUUCCAUAAGUGUCCUCUAUAAAUUCCACACUUCAACAUGUAAUGCUGGGGAAAUUCUGCCUUUGUACUCCUCUGACAACCAAAAGAUCAAACUAUGUUGAGAGGAUAGCUGGGAUCUACUGCUUCUGGUGAACCUGAAAGCCUUUGGUUCUGCUUUAAAUUAUAUUAUGAUGUACAAAUUUGGUUUCUGUGUUUUAAACUAAACUAAGAUAUCAGAGACAUAAUGCUCUGCCUUUUGUCCUUUUACAGUAUGCUUUUGAAUGUGUUAAAGAGUGCUAGAACGUGUAUUUUGUGUUGGUGUUACACGAGUGGGAAGUGGUUGUUUUGGAAACCCUGACAGACUGGUUGCAGGGCUGUAGCUGUCGCAGGGCUCUUGACAAAUGAUUGAUGAUUUAAUUUAAAUCCUUCACAAUGCCAAAUCUAAAAAAGAAGCCAAAUACCAUAAAUAUCAGUGUCCUUUCAGACAUGAUAUGGCAAUCAUGGAAGGAAUGUGGGUGUUUUUCUCCCAUUAAUCUCACCCCUUAACCCCAGUUAGAUCUGAUUUCAUGAGAGGAUGAGGACACGUACCUGAAGGGCUCCACUGUCAACCACAGAACAACUGCUCUCCUCCUCCCUGUUGAAGAGGCUCACAACCCCUUCUUUAGCUAGCCUGAAGGACCAGGGGCUCCCUUUGAUCACAUAUAACCCAGAUAGAUAUUGGACACUGAACAGCUUUAAGCAAAUUUCUGUCGGAUGCAAAUAAAGGGGCCUAAUGAGCUGUGUAUUUUUAAACUGUGCUGCAAGCCCCACUGAUAUACAAGUGUAUACAGGGAAAGAUUUUCAGAAACACCCAAGUAAGAAAGAAACUGUAGAUGGGUGGGUCACUCCACUUUGAAAUCUAGUGACAGAUGGUUGCUAAAACAAUCUACACCAGAUGACAAAUGACUAUACAUUAAAGCUUUCAAAAGACAAAAAAAAAAAAAAAAAAACAAAAACCAAAAAAAAAAAAAAAAAAAAAGCCUCCAAGAAACAUUUGAACUGAAGUUUAAUGAUCAUACAAAAUAACCAGCAAAUCAGGAAUUGCAAGCUUUUAAAAAGAGGAGCUGAGCAGAGAAUAAACAUUCUGCUAAUGUAAGGGAGAAGAUAUGAAGAACAGAUAUGAAGAUUAUCAGAGCCGUCAGUGAUGAACUUAAUAUUACAAUUAUUCCAGUCCCUAAGAAGGACCUCAGUGAAUUGUAUAAAAUCCCCCUAGAAGCAAAGACUGCUUGUGCCAGAUAAGAGGAGUACCUAACAAUCCCUGAAAAAUAAACUUUUAUGCACAAGGUAGAACAAAUUAACCACGGACAAAUGGGAAAGAAUAACAAAAAUGAAUAAUGAUGAACUCUUAUGAGUUACAAGUUUUAAGAUAAAGUCAUAGUAUUUGUAAAACAAUAAUGGAGGUUCACCUAGGAGCUGAAGUAUUACAUUAAAUGAAUAGAGUUCAUGAAAAACAAAUGACUUGAAGUAUAAGAAACAUCUCUCUCAGUGGUCUAGUUGUGAAAAACCAUUAUUGGGGGUAAUGAUUUCUUGCUGUUGGGAAAAGGGAACGGUAUCUUCAAAAGUAUUCACCUUGCAGAAUCUGUAAUCUCAGCAAAUCCUUUUAGAAGAAGCAAAGAGGAUUGACAGUUACUCUUAUUGCAACGGGACAACUGUUCAUUUUCCCUUUUUAGCUCUUCAAAAAGAUCACAGAAACAGCCAUAUGAUGUUGAGUGCUAGUUGGAUUUUACUGCAGAUAAUUCAUCUAAAAGCAGACAGAGACAACAACCUCAAAUUAUACUGAUAUAUCGAUCAUAGUAUGCCACAGGGUUCUCUAAGGGAACAGAAUUUUAAGCCUAAAGUUCUUAGAUUUUUGUAUAUGUGAUUUGGAUUUUUUUUUUUUAAUUUAGCAGGACCAUCAUCAUGCCCAAGAAUAGUGAAGUUACUAGUAUUAUCUGGCAACAUGUUGUUCAACUUACAGUUAUUUCACUUUAUUAAUGCCUGUAAUGAUUUAGUAAAGUAAGUUUAUCUAGUUAUGUUCAUAAGAAUAUUAGCUCACAGCUUAGAAGAUUUGGAAUUCUUGCAAAAGUAAGAAUUACUUAACUUUGAAGUUUAACAUUUAACAACCAAAACAAGAAAAUGUAUGCACACAUCAGACAAUAAUAAAAAAUUGGUAAUAAAAAAUUGUUACCUUUCUGGCCCCUUUCUUUUAAUUCUUGAUUUUUUUUCCUAAAUCUUACCUUUGAAGAAGAAAAAUCUUGUCUUUUUUGCAACUGAGAAAAGAAAUUUGGUUUUUUUGAUUGUAUUAUCAAACUGAUUGAUUUAUACAGGGAUGCUAUGGUUAUUAAAAAUAUCUUAUCAAAACACAAAACUCAUUUUAUGGAAUGCAUUAGCAUUCAUGACUGAUAAUGCAAAUGUGAAUUAUAUCACAGUACACUCAAUAUACCAUCUGCUCCAGAAAGAAAAACAUCUGCUGGUAAAUGUAAACUGUGGAGCUUAUGUGGUAUGCAAUAUGUUCAGAUACUGUAUGGAAUAAAUAAAUUGGACUUUGACAAUCUAUUAUGUUAGAAGCAUUCAACUACUUUCUUAUCUUGAGAAGAGGAAAAGCUCAGCUGCAAGUAUGUUUUGAGAUGGUGGAGGAAAUUAUUGUGCCAUGUCCCAUCCAGAUGGCUUUUGCUGAAGCCAGUCACUGACAGGCUGCUGCAAUUAUCAUCAACAGUUAUGAGAUGCUUUAAACCAGCAUGAGCAUAGAUGAAUAAACUUCUCUACAGUAGAGGUUUCUGUGCUUGAAUUUUCAUGAUGGUGAUGACAUUGCAAUUUGUGACUUUGUUGGAAUUGGCUGUAUUUUCUGGCUUGUAGGAUGAAAAUCAUGCACAUGAAAAAUGUAUACUCACAUGUAAGAAUGAUAAAGAAGA